GAUGGAAGCGGAAAUACAGCAACUCAACGUGCAUAUCAUAGUAGCGAGCUGCAAAGCAAUGGAAAUCUUAAGAUCGAUCUACAAUAUUACUUAUCGCAACAGGUGCACCCGGUUGUGAGCCGUUUGUGCGCUCCGAUUGAGGAAUGCGACGCUGUUUGGAUUGCACAAGCUUUGGGUCUGGAUGGCUCCACUUUUCGAAAAUUUGUUAAUGCUCACAGUGAAGCAGCGGAAGUGGAUGAUCAGCAUGAUCAGCUUACAAUUAUACAGUACGAUUUCGAUCAGUGCGAACCGUUUAAGUUCAUCUGUCCACACGAGGGCUGUGAACAUGAAAUUAUUGUACGUGGAUGUAUAUUGUCUGAUGGAGAUAAUGCUGAUGAUGAUCGGAGGCUAUGGCUUAGUGAAUGUUCAGCAUGCCAUCAGCCGCUGUUUGCUUACGGAGGUUAUCUUCGAAAUCAGCUGCAGCUAGCUCUCGAUAAAGCAAUCUCAGAUUAUUACACGGUAACAGUUUUGAAAAUGAUGUGCAAAGUGGGGUUAUUAAAUUCACAAGGGUUGUCUGUCUCCAGACUCGAGUUCUUGGCUCGUACGUAUCUUCGGGAAAGCCAGUUCGUUUGUUUUCGUCUCGUUUUGCCAGUAAAUUAA